AUGCAACUUGAUCUGGAAUCAUUGUCAGAAGCUACUUCUGGUGCCAUUGGAUCACUAGUUAGUACCACCGUCUUGUACCCUCUUGAUACUUGCAAGACCAAAUAUCAAGCUGAAGUUCAAGCUCACCAUCAGCGAAAAUACAAGAGUAUUUCUGAUGUUUUCUGGGAAGCAAUUGCUACCCGCCAGGUGCUUUCACUAUACCAAGGCCUUGGGACAAAAAACGUCCAAUCCUUCAUUUCAUCGUUCAUUUAUUUCUAUGGAUACAGCUACUUUAAGAAGCUGUAUUUGAAAAAAACUGGAAAUAAGUCCAUUGGAACAGCAGCAAAUUUGAUUGUUGCCACAGCUGCUGGAGUCAGUACAAUAGUCAUAACACAGCCUUUAGAUACAGCAUCCUCGAGGAUGCAGACAAGUGAAUUUGGAAAAUCCAAGGGAUUCUGGAAGACCCUUUCAGAGGGUACAUGGAGUGAAGCAUAUGACGGACUUGGCAUUUCCAUUCUUUUAACAACAAAUCCAUCUAUUCAGUAUACUGCAUACGAUCAGCUGAAACAGAGAAUAUUAAAGGGCAAGAUAAGCAAUAGAACAGGUACAAAGUCAUCCCCGGAAUCACUCUCUGCAUUUUCUGCUUUCAUGCUUGGUGCAGUUUCAAAAUGUGCAGCUACCUGCUUGACAUACCCAGCUAUCAGGUGUAAGGUCAUGAUUCAGGCUGCCGAAUCACAUGAUGAUAAGAGUACACAAGCUGAGAGGAAGGCACAGAGGACAAUCUCUGGAGCACUCUAUACUAUUUGGAAAAGAGAAGGUAUAUUGGGAUUUUUCAAAGGAUUGCAGGCGCAGAUAUUGAAAACUGUUCUCAGCGCUGCAUUGCUUCUGAUGGUUAAGGAGAAGAUCGCAAAGUCCACAUGGAUUCUAAUGCUCAUGAUUGGAAGAUACCUGUCUGUGAAUUCCCCCAAAUUGAAGGCAGUUUAA